AUGUCAAUCCUAGGCAGCAUUAGCAACAGUGGAAAUAUGAAGAAUGCACCAAUUUUCAAUGAAUUCAAGAAACAGGCUUCUUUUUUUCUCAAGGAGAAGAUCAAGACUGCCCGUUUGGCCUUGACCGAUGUUACACCAGCACAAUUACUGGCAGAAGAAGCUACAAAUGGAAAUCCAGGAGGGCCAGAUGCUCGUACUCUUAAGAUCAUAUCCAGGGCAGCUUUUGAAGUCGAUGAUUAUUGGAGAAUCAUCGAGAUCCUGCACAAAAGAUUGGCGAGAUUUGAUAAAAGAAACUGGAGGGCAUCAUAUAAUGCAGUGAUUGUGCUAGAACACUUGUUGACUCAUGGGCCUGAGAGUGUUGCAGAGGAGUUUCAAACUGAUAGAGAUGUAAUUAGGGAAAUGGAAAGCUUUCAACAUGUAGAUGAAAAGGGAUUUAACUGGGGUCUGAAUGUGAGGAAGAAAACUAAUAGGGUAUUGAAAUUGCUAGAGAAAGGGCCUCUUUUGAAGGAAGAAAGGGAUAGAGCUAGAAAAAUUUCGAGAGGGAUUGAAGGGUUUGGUAGUUUCAGCUAUAAGACUCCAUCAGGCCAAGAAAUUUUGCAGGAAUCAUCAAACAAAGCAUUUGAUAAAUGCAAUUCGCAGUUCAAUGAACAUGGAAAUCGGGAUGAUUUAUUUUCAGUCUCGAAAGAAGAUGACAUGGACGAAAUAAAACACGAGAAGCCCUCAUCAACUAUCCCAGCAAUGAAUGACAAUCCUCGAAUAAAUUUGAAAGAGAAUAUGGCCCCCAACAAGGGAGUUGUCUUGGGGGAGUCUAGCGAUCAAAGCUGGAAGUCCGUGGCAGACUCGAAGCCCCUACUGGACGAGCAGAAACCUGAGCCUCAGAUUAAUAUGCCCAUGGAAGAUCAUCCCUUCAAUGAUGCUGAGAUUCAGACAACUAUGUCACUGCUUUCAACUGCUGAUAUGCCAGAGGUAUGUCGAAAAUUAGGCGGAAUGGUUUUAGUUUAA